CGCCCUGAACGCGCACACACACAUACACACACACUGACUCGACACUAUCAGCAUCUGGGCCAGCAGCGAGCCAACUUCACUGUCAAAAGUACACAGACAUUAUCACAUCCUGAUCAGUACCAAGUCCAAUGGUCAACGCUGCCUGGCUUUUGUAUGUAAGCGCACCGCGAUUUUCCGCACAAAGCACCAGAGUGCAUUAAGGCCCGAGGGCUGGCUUGGUUUGGUUUGCGGCAGUCGAGCACGACCGACUAAAGAAAAAAGAAAAAAAUAAGUUAGCCUCGGCUAUUGCAAACAUGCCCGGAGAAGCUAGAUUUGUGAACCCGUUUCACAGACCGCAGUGUCUGGCCGCUGCAGCUCCGGCGGGGAAAGCCAAACUAACGCACCCGGGCAAAGCGAUCCUGGCAGGUGGGAUCGCAGGAGGCAUAGAGAUCUGCAUCACUUUCCCCACAGAGUAUGUGAAAACACAGCUGCAGCUGGACGAGAAGGCCAACCCUCCCAAAUACAGAGGCAUCGUCGACUGUGUGAAGCAGACGGUACAUAGUCAUGGGGUGGGAGGUCUUUAUAGAGGCCUAAGCUCACUUCUCUAUGGCUCCAUCCCUAAAGCAGCUGUCAGAUUUGGGGUGUUUGAGUUCCUCAGUAAUAAGAUGCGUGAUGAAAGUGGCAAGCUGGAUGGCACACGAGGACUUCUCUGUGGUCUUGGUGCUGGAGUGGCAGAGGCUGUGGUUGUAGUCUGUCCAAUGGAGACCGUCAAGGUCAAAUUCAUCCAUGAUCAGACAUCUGCAAACCCAAAGUACCGGGGGUUCUUCCAUGGAGUGAGGGAGAUUGUUAGAACUCAAGGACUGAAGGGGACAUACCAAGGCCUAACAGCCACAGUGCUGAAACAAGGUUCAAACCAGGCCAUCCGUUUCUAUGUCAUGACUUCCCUGAGGAACUGGUACAAAGGUGAUGACCCGAACAAAGUAAUCAACCCACUGGUAACUGGAGUGUUUGGAGCUAUCGCCGGGGCUGCCAGUGUGUUUGGAAAUACUCCUCUGGAUGUUAUAAAGACCAGAAUGCAGGGUCUCGAAGCUCACAAGUACAAAAGUACAGUGGACUGUGCCAUCAAGAUCAUGAAGCAUGAGGGGCCAGUGGCGUUCUACAAAGGCACUGUGCCUCGGCUGGGCCGGGUGUGUAUGGACGUGGCCAUAGUCUUCAUCAUCUAUGAGGAAGUUGUGAAGGUCCUCAACAAGGUCUGGAAGACGGACUGAAGUGGACACACCAGCGAAUACUACACAAGCAGGAGUGCAAGGACAGGCCAUCCAAAACCUUAACCAGGCCAAGUCCCAAAGCAGCCUCCUCGGCCCUGCUUCUAGGUUCUGAUAUCUACCUCUACACGAUCUGUCAAGAAAGGGAUUGCUUUGUUCUAGAUUUUAUUUAUAACCCAGCUUCUACAAGUGUAGGCACUAUCUGUGUGGUUUAAAAAAAAAAAAAAAUAGGCUACAAAAUGCUGCCUUACUGCUUACACUUACCCUCUCUUCUUCGAUUCCAGAAAGAGGAAGUUCCUUAAGAGCUCAGGGAAGAGAAUGAGGAAUUUAUUUAGGACUA